AACAUGGCGCCGGGCAGGAGGUUAAAACGCGUGGCGGCUUCACAGCCAGGUUUUAUCAAGUUAAAGUCCACUUCAGACCCUGGCAGCGGUCGGAGAAAACGCGUGAACAAGAACAAGAAGAAGAGCUGGAACAAACACAGCGACAUAAACGACGUAGACUUGUUUUUAGAGGACGUGAGACACCAGGAGAGGACCACGGGGGGUCUGCUGUCUGAGAAGUCAGAUGACAGUUUGUUCUUUUUGGACAUUGGACAACCAAAGAAACCUGAACCGAAGGUCCCAGAACCUGUCGAGGGGAAGAAGAGGAAAGGGAAGACGUCACGACCUCUGAGGAUAGACCUGAUCCUGCAGCACGACUCCCUCAUUCAACCACCUAAAGAGUCAGUAUCCAUCGCGGCUCGUUGUGCUUUACUCUUCGUCUGUUCCUCCUUCCUGUUUGUGAACACAUCGGGUCGUUACAGCGGUCAGCGUGCUCAACUGCUGCUGCCGCCCCUCAAAGAGAACGACACGCACUGCGUCAACUUCCAGUUCUACCAGGCGGGAGGCCGCGAGGGCGCCACGCCCGCCACGCUCAACAUUUAUGUCAAAGAGAACAACAGUCCGCUGGGAGUUCCAGUCUUUAACUCAUCAGGCCCCGCCUACCACAUCUGGAAAGAGGUGGAGCUAGCUGUGUCCACCUUCUGGCCUAAUUACUACCAGAUCCUGGAGAACUACGAAGGACAUCAGGAGAGCAAGGUUUGA